AUGGAGGCUGAAGAGACGAUGGAAUGCCUUCAGGAAUUCCCUGAACAUCACAAAAUGAUCCUGGACCGAUUGAAUGAACAGCGGGAGCAGGACCGGUUUACAGACAUCACCCUGAUUGUCGACGGGCAUCAUUUUAAGGCCCACAAGGCUGCUUGCAGUAAGUUCUUCUACAAAUUCUUUCAGAAAUUUACUCAGGAACCUUUGGUGGACAUAGAAGAUGUCAGUAAAAUGGCCUUUCGUCAUUUAAUUGAGUUCACAUAGACAGCAAAGCUAAUGAUCCAAGGAGGAGAAGAAGCCAGUGAGGUCUGGGAAGCAGCAGAGCUUCUACAAAUGCAAGAAGCCACCCAAGCCCUGGAAGUCGGGAACAAAGAAAAUGCAGCUCCGCUUGAGGAAAACAGCCCAGGAAAAAGUGAGGCAAAAAAGAGAAAGAUCGCAGAAACAUCCAAUGUUAUCAGUGAAUCCCUGCCCUCUGCAGAAUCAGAACCUGUUGAAAUUGAGGUGGAGAUUGCCGAAGACACAAUUGAAGUGGAAGGUGAAGGCGUUGAAACAUUGGAGGAAGUGGCUUCGGCCAAGGAAUCUGUAAAGUACACUCAAAGCACAGGGUCCUCCGAUGAUUCCGCUUUAGCUCUUUUGGCAGAUAUUACCAGCAAGUAUCAUCAGGGUGAUAGAAAAGGGCAUCUUAAAGAAGGUGGAUGUGCAUCUGACCCCACAAUCAAACAGGAGCACAUGAAAUCACACUCCACGGAGAGUUUCAAGUGUGCAAUAUGCAAUGAAAGGUAUCUGUGGGAGAGCGCAUGGAAACAGCACCUCAAUUGCUACCACCUGGAAGAAGGUAGUGCCAGUAAGAAGCAAAGAACUGGAAAAAUUCCUAUUUGUCAGUAUUGUGAGAAACAGUUUGACCACUUUGGACACUUUAAAGAGCAUUUUCAAAAACAUACAGGUGAGAAACCCUUUGAAUGUUCAAAUUGUCAUGAGCGAUUUGCUAGAAAUAGCACACUGAAAUGUCACCUGACAGCAUGCCAAACUGGAGUAGGGGCAAAAAAGGGAAGAAAGAAGCUUUAUGAAUGUCAGGUUUGUAACAAUGUGUUUAACAGCUGGAACCAGUUUAAAGAUCACUUAGUAAUUCACACUGGAGAUAAACCCAACCAUUGUACUCUAUGUGAUUUGUGGUUUAUGCAAGGAAAUGAAUUAAGGAGACAUCUCAAUGAUGCCCAUAACAUUUCUGAACAUCCAAUAACUGAAGAAAUUCUUCCAGUAGAAACACACUUGCAAGCUGAACCUGUAACAUCAAUGAUAAUUAUAGAACAAGUUGGGAAGGUACAUGUGCUACCAUUGCUUCAGGUCCAAGUGGAUUCAGCACAAGUAACUGUGGAACAGGUCCAUCCAGACCUGCUCCAGGACAGUCAAAUGCACGAUUCACAUAUCAGUGAGCUUCCAGAGCAGGUCCAGGUGAGUGAUCUAGAAGUGGGUCGAAUUCAAACUGAAGAAAGUACAGAAGUGCAUGUCAAGGAGCUGCAUGUUGAACGAGUGAAUCAGAUGCCAAUGGAAGUACAAACUGAGCUUCUAGAAGCAGGCUUGGAUCAAGUGAUCCCUGAAAUCAUGAGCGAGGAGGAGAGAAAUCCUAGCCAAGCAGAUACUGCUGAGGAUGCCAGGGACGAUCACGAAGAUGCUGAGGGAUUAAAAACCAAACCAACAGAGGAUUCUGAGGCAGAAAAGGCAGGGGACGAGGACAGAACAGUUAUGCCAGUUUUAGAAUGA